AUGGAACUCACAAAAUUUGCUUCCAUUUUCAUUACAAAACUCUUCACCCAAGAAACUGAAGCUACAGGAAGCUCCACGGGAUGCCGACUGUCCACCAGCGGCUGUUCAUCACAAAUCCGAAAAUUCGGAUUAACAAAAACGUCGAGAGGACACGCCAUAUCCCACCCACCACAGUCACACCCUCCGCCCAUCCGCCACCUGUCCAACAGAGGCGAGGGCCCACGGUUCUCGCCACCUGGCAGACUGUGGUUCCCAGCCGGGACCACCACAUGCAUCUCCCCAGUACGUGAAUUUCCCAAAAUACCCUCCCUUGCCUCCUCAAGUCUGCAAAGAUCCAGCAAGCUUGGAAGCGGACGAUCCAUUUCUCCAUCCCCACUCUUGAACUUCAGACUCUCUCUCUUCUCGAAUGGGGCCCGCAUGAUGACAGCUGCUAUUUCCAGCUCCGGAUGCAAGUCCACCGCCAUUAGAGGCCGAGAGUGCUUAAAAAUCUGUUCUUUAAAACAGCUGGAAUUGUCUUGA